GCUCCGUCCAGGUGUACGGUGUGUAAUAUUGCAGUGAUCCGGACCGCUUUAGAGCUCUGUCAGUACAUUUGCGUGAAAUGGCCUAACGCGAUAUGCUUUGUCUUCGAGCCCGGCUGUCACUCGGACGUCCGAAAUGCCGUCUCUCCGCCCAGCUCCUCCUUCGUCUCUCAGAGAAUAAAGCGGGAACACCGCUAACAUGAAGACGGGCGACGGGAUCAGACUGUGAGCUGUGAGUUUAUACCUCGAGUGGGAAAAGCUAGCGGUUAGGCUAGCCAGCUAGCUGAGACAACCGGCGGCGGCGGCGGCGGCGGCUCGGAUAUCGGAUUUGCGCAGCCAUGGCGGGGCUCAUCAAGAAGCAGAUCCUGAAGCAUCUCUCCAGGUUUGCUAAGAACCUGUCGCCAGACAAAAUCAACCUGAGCACGCUGAAGGGGGAGGGUCAGCUCACCAACCUGGAGCUGGAUGAGGAGGUUCUCCAGAGCCUUCUGGACCUGCCCACCUGGCUGGCUAUCAAUCGUGUGGAAUGCAACAAGGCUGCCAUCAGGAUACCAUGGACCAAGUUGAAGACUCACCCGAUCUCUUUGACUUUGGAUAAAGUGGUGAUGGAGAUGAGUACCUGCGAUGAACCUCGUCCACCCAAUGGCCCAUCUCCCAUUGCAACAGCAUCCGGACAAAGUGAAUAUGGCUUUGCUGAGAAGGUGGUAGAGGGCAUAUCCCUAUCGAUCAACUCUAUUAUCAUCCGGAUCAGUGCCAAGGCCUUUAACGCCUCCUUUGAGCUCUCCCAGCUGCAGGUCUACAGCGUCAACACCAGCUGGAGCAUCGGUGACCUGCGAUUCACUCGCAUUCAGGACCCCCAGAGGGGAGAGAUUCUGACAUUUAAAGAGAUCAGCUGGCAGAUGAUCCGCAUCGAGGCCGAUGCUAUCCAGAGCGCCGAACACGAGAUGUUGAGCGCCCCCAUCCGCCUCAUCACCAACCAGUCCAAGAUCCGAGUCACUCUCAAGAGACGGAUCAAAGACUGUAACGUAGUGGCCUCCAAGCUGAUUCUGAUCUUGGAUGACCUGCUCUGGGUGUUGACCGACUCCCAGCUCAAAGCUAUGGUACAGUAUGCCAAGUCCCUCAGUGAGGCUAUGGAGAAGUCUGCACAGCAGAGGAAGAGCAUGGCCACAGAAGACCAGGUAUCAUCACCUCCCACGUCAGCCCAGCAGGUACGCACCCAACAGCCGUCCGCGGCUGCUGACCAGAGCGCAACCAUGGCCAAGCUGUUCAGCGCCUACGAUGUGUGUGAGACAUCCCACCACCUCCAGAUCACACACCUUGACCUGCACAUCUGCGAUGACAUUCACACUAAGGACAAAGUUAUCAAAAAAAGGAUAACAGGUGGAGCCAUGCAGCUUUCCUUCAGCUCCAUCACUUUGGACUACUACCCGUUCCACAGAGCAGGUGACAGCUGUGCCCACUGGAUGCACUACAGCGACGCCACUAAAACGAGAGAGAGCUGGGCGCGGAACCUGCUCGAUGAAUUCAAGACCAACGUGGAGAUGUUGAAGAGCGCAGUUCGAGACCAGCAAGGCCCAAGCCAUGCACACAGUUCCCCACAACAUGUGUCCGUUAGGGACGAUGUGUAUGGCUCUCUAGGAAGUCAGGAAGGAGCAGAAGGAGGAGCAGUAGGGCUUAGGGAGGCACAUGGAAGACUCCUAGAGUGGAGCCCACACGCACAGCCUCCAGCGCAGUGCUGCUGGUGCCUGGAGCCAGGUAAGAUAAACACGUCUUCCAGCGUUUCCUUCAGUCCGCCUCCCCCUCAGACUCCCAAGACUCAGCUCAUGUCCAGCUCAAUUGUUCUCAGGAUGGCUGACUUCAGCAUCUAUCAGGUCUCAACAGCAGACCAGCGCCGCUCCAGCCCCAAGACCAUGAUCUCCUGUAAUAAGAAAUCGUUGUACCUUCCACCAGAGAUGCCGGCCAUCCAUGUAGAGUUCACAGAAUACUACUUUCCUGAUGGAAAAGACUAUCCCAUUCCGUGUCCAAAUCUUUAUGCCCAGCUCAAUGCCCUGCAGCUGGUCCUGGAACCUCGUAGCCUGGUGUGGCUCAACCUCUUUGCCCUCGACCUCAGGCAGAGUCUGGAACAGUUCAUGGAGAUCUACAAGCUCAAUGACUCUCAGAAACCUGAUGAGCAUGUUGACAUCAAGGUUGAUGGCCUCAUGCUAAAGCUGGUGAUUCCCACUGAUCAGGACUCCUCUUCCCCUGCUGACCUGCCUCGCUCCAUUUCAGUACAGACUUCAGAAAUGGUAGCCACUAACACCCGACACCCUGCCAACUGCACGCGAUCCCACCUUGAAGCCCUUCUGCAGGCCUUUGAAGAGGAACCCUUCUUCUCUUCAUCUUUUUCUUAUUUCCCUCGUUGCUCCUCUUCUUUACCCAUCCUCCAUCCCGUCUUCCAGCGCCACGCUCAUGAACAAGACACUAAGCUGCACGACAUUUACCGCGGCCUGGUGGUGCCGACGAUGGGCACAGACGCUCUCAAGAUGCCUGCUGCCACUGACUUUUGGGCACUGCACUUUGCCCAGUUUUGGGUGGACUAUGAAGGAACCCGCGGAGGUAAAGGGCGGCCGCAGCCCUUUGUGGACUCCUUCCCUCUAACUGUGUGGGCAUGUCAACCAGCAAAGCUGGUCCAGCAUCAGGAGAAGCUGAGAAGUGCUGUUGCACCAGGACUGUCCAGAAGCUCAUCAGCAGAGGCUGUUGCACGUUUACAGAGGAAACGAUUAUUGAAAGAGUAUUACAGCAGUGAUGCAACAGCAUCUGCAUCCCACAUCAGCAAUUCAGCACUGCCACCCAGUAAUGGACUCCAUAAGCCCCUCUCACUAGACAGUCUGCCCUCCUCAUCCUUUUCUUGGUCAUCAAAUAAAGAUACAGAUGUGCAUGUGUUGGUGCAUGUGCAGAAGCAUUUGAGUGCUCAGGUGAGCCAUCGGCAGUAUGUGUUCCUGAUGCAGCUUCAGCGCAGCAUUAAAGCCCUGCAGCAGACCCUACAGCAGGAUCUGGAGGAGAUGAGCUGCAAGAGAGACCGCAAGGAUCCAUCUCACCGUCCCGCAGAUCACCAGCCAUUCACUGUCUGCCUGGGCCUCCUGCUCAAAAGCGCAGAGGUGUCCCUGCUCCUAAACCCCAUUCCCCAGACUGAGGGUUCAGGUUCACCUCUAGGCUCGGAGCUAUCGCCCUCAGAGAGCCGAGGAACUCUGGAGCCUUCAGCUUACACGAGAGAAGUGGGAGAAAAGGGCAAUGAAGGGUCUGGUUCAGAAGGUGGAGUAGCCAAACAGUCUUGCACUGUAGACCAGCUGCUGUGUGGUGAAGGCUUAGAGGGAGGACCUGCACAGAUUCCUGUCCCCCUCGUUCCAACUUCUACACGUCCUGACUUGAACCAUAAAGCCUCAGUGGAGGAGAGGACUCCAGCUAAAAGCACUGGGAGGGGGAGUUCAGAUGAAAGUGGUGAGGCAUUGGUGGAUGGGAUAUCUGGAGUUGAUGAAAUGGGAGCUGGGUUAGACUCCAAAACCCAACCAAGUGAACCUCUGCCUGAUCCACUCAGCAGCAAAGACUGGAGCGACAAAGACAAGGCUGCAAAGAUGCCUCAGUCAAUAUCCAGGAAAGGAAGUUUGUCUGUGGUUUCUGAUCCCCUCAGCUCCUCAAACUCCAGCAGAUCCACCUCCCUUUAUUCCAUGUCCAACAUUGGUCGUUUGAUGCGGGACCGCUCCCAGUCCAGUUUCUCUGUGUCCUAUAAAAAUAUGAAGAAGAGCCCGUCUCUGCAGUCCCUGGACAACAUCUCCAUCGAUAGCUACUUGAUGGAGGAUGGAGACACUUACAGCCUGAUGGAGAGAGAUGACGUGUCCAUCUCAGGCUUCAAGGAUGUCAUCAGUGAGCACAGCACCACAGAGAGUGCCACCGAGGCGGCAGCUGGCCAAGAGAAGGAGGGAGGCGAGUCCCCUGACUCUGCCAGCGCAGCAUCACAGAGCAUUGAUGAGCCCACCAAAGAUACAGUGUCAGUACUGGUGCUGAAGGUGCAGUCGGUAUGUGUGGGCAUGGAGGCUGUGGGCGAGAGCACAGCCGUGGCCCUGGAGGUGGGCCAGGUCACACCCAGCCAGCUGGGAAAUGUCAGCCUCAGACAGUACCUCAGCAACCGCAGCCUGGGUAUGGUGUGUUCAGUACCAAUACCUACACAAAGCAGCCAAGCUGGCGGUGAGACCAGCUCCGCGUCCGUCCGGGGCCUCCACAGUCCGGCAGUGCGGGCUCGGCUGGAAAGCGGGCCCUGCGCCGCCGCCCACUCCCCGUUGGCUGAACGUAACGGCUUCCUGCAGCUGCACCUUCACGAUUACACGGCAAGCUUCAUGAUGUCCUCGCUCCGCAACCUUGCGCUCUUCCUGGAAGACGACUCGGCCUCCCAGGUGCUGCCCAUGGAGAUCAGCAUCAAGGACACGCACAUUAAUUUAAAGGAUGACGGCCCUCGUGAAAAUCCCUCCGACUCGGAGCCCUCGCCGAUCACUCUACACAUUGACAGCCUCGUCGUACACAGAAGAGACGACGGGUCUUUCUCUAUAGGAGUGGAUGGAGCAGCAGAGGCCAAACCCAAGAAAGCGGCCACAGUGAUUGACAGCUCUCUGAGUCCAGUCCCUGAGACUGUGGGCAGCAUCUGUGGUAUUUCAAAGGCAACACAGACUCAGACUCCACCCACCAGUCCCCCUCCAUCUGACAAGGAGAAGAUGCUGAUGGAGGAGAAUGAAUGUCUAAAGGUAGAGCUAUCCCGAGCAAAGAUGGCGCUGGCUGAGGCUCAGAUGGAGAAGGACUCGCUGCUUCACCGACUGAAGAACCUCAAAGUCAGCACCAGCUAGACCUGUACUCGCUAGCCCCUACAAGUCGAGCCAGAUGAGAAGAAAAAGAGGAAUUUCUUACUGCAGCGGCUCCCUUUUCACAAGCCACCGCGUGACUUCAGACUAAUAUAAAUCAAUUCUGAAUCUGUGCGAAGACUCAGAGAAAACACGUUUUUACGCACUUAUCGUCUUGUUUUCCACUUCGGAAGCUCCAUACAUUUGCAGAGUAAAGAAGGAAAAAAAAGAAGUGGAAUUUGGUGUUUGAAAGCAAGAGGACAAGAUCUCUGACUUUGGUUGUGCCUACGGAGAACUGUUCCCAGAAACCCGCUUCUGUUGUUCACGUUUAAAUACAAUAAAAAGCAUCACAGCUCAUGUUCAGUGAGCUUCAUUCAGACCUGUAGGUAUGAGGAAACGCUGAAUGUCGUAUCUUCAGAGGAAUGUCUUAUUUUGCACUGUGCUGAAAUUCAAUUCGUAAUCCAGCGCUUUCAUAUUCAGAGGAGGGUGCGACGAAUCAUGUUCCUGCUUGUCCUCACAGCGUGUACAGUAUAUAUUGUACAAGAAUGUGAACACAACUAUUUUCUACAGAACUUUAAAUGAUUUUGCAGUGUUUCACUUGAGUGUGUAUGUGUGUGUGCGCGUGCGUCUCAGUCAAAACAAGCAUUUCGUUAUAAGUAAAGGGUGAAUUUCCACGGCUUUGACACCUGUCUGUGCCCCCCCACCCCCUUCCCAUAUUUUUCUAUGUGUAAAUAGCUCCUUAAUUGCACUUUUAAAACUGAAGCAAUGUAAAUACAACAAUCAGAACUGUGAGAGAAAAGUUGAGCCGAUGAGUAGAGAAAGAGGAAAUAAAUGUUUUUGCCCUCCACUCUGAGAAAAGAGAAAAAUUAGGGCACGUGAAAGCUGCCUGAUUACUAGUGUGUGUCUUUAUGUGAAUUUUCUAAUCUGCCAUGUGAUGAAAUUUUUGUUUUUUUUCCUUUUGUCAUGGACGCACAAAGACUAUAUGCGUCGUUGUUCCAUGCCUCAUACAAGUGCGGUUACUUUAGGGGGAAGUAAAAACAUAAAAAUCAACUGAUUUGUAACAGCACAGCACAAAAGGACAGUUUCAGGUGUCUGUUCUCCCACAGAUUCAGAACAUAAAUGCACGUUUAGACUAUUAAUCGUAGCCUGUACUUUAGUGUGGGUCAGUUCAUUUCAGGUUGUUUUUUUUUUUUAAAAGCAAUCAUUGUUUUCAUUUGUUUGGUUUCCUGAAACACAACUAUUGUCCCCACAAAUGUGGGAUUCAGACUUGAAAUGAGAAUUUUAACACGUUUUCUUCCAGAGGAGCAUCUGC